AUGAAUGCCCUGGAUGGUGUCCCCUUCAAGGUGCCCAAGGGCUUUGUGAUAGGCACGGAGCCCCUCCCUGGGCCAGAGCUCAGUGUCCCAGACUGCAGGGAGCUUCUGCUGGGUUCUAUGCACGACUUCAGCCUGGAGAGAAGGGCACUCUUCUGGGUGGAGGCUGUAGUCCGGGGACCCUGCCUGGUCCAGUGUGAUGCCCCGGGGGCAGCUUCAGCCCCUCCCGCCUGGCUCUUGCUGGUCAGCCCUGAGCAAGGGCUGGAGCCCAUGCCUGCCACAGCUGAAGGUCCUGAGGCUAGACCGCAGGAGCAUCCUGAGGAGGAAGAGGUGGAGGAGAAGGACCAGGAUGAGGAAGAAGCCUCUGCCAUGGAGGAAGAGCCGGACCCCUGCAGCCCCCAGCCCAGCUCCUCGGCGAGUCCCAGCCUGGUCCAACACCGGUGCUCGCUGGACGUGCUGCGCGGCGUGAGGUCGGAGCUGGCAGGGGCGCGGCGGCGGCUCUCUGAGUGCAGGCUGGCCGCCCGCCCCCGCAGUCUCCUGCACCGCAUCCGCCACCGAGCUCUGAGCCUCUGCCUUGGCCCCGCGUCACCCCUGGGCCCGGCACUCCCGCUCCCCAGCGCCCCCGCGACACCCCCGGGCCCCGAGCCAUCGCUCCCCAGCACCCCUGCGCUGCCCCCGCGGCCCUCCACGGCUGGCGCCGUGCCCCCGCUGCGGAGCCACAGGCCCGCGGUUGCGUCCCUCAGCCCGCAUACCUGCCUGCCACCUCCUGGGCAGGUCCCCCAGCCUCUCGCCACCCACAGAUUGCACCCUGAUUCUGCUGACUUGCUGUCUGCCCUGAGCCAGGAGGAGCAAGACCUCAUCGGGCCAGUGGUCGCCCUGGGGUAUCCCUUGCACAGGGCCAUCAUGGCUCUACAGAAGACUGGGCGGCAGAGCCUGAGCCAGUUUCUCAGCUACCUUAGUGCCUGUGACCGGCUAUUGCGACAGGGCUACGAGGAAGGCCUGGUGGAUGAGGCCAUGGAGAUGUUCCAGUUCUCCGAGAGCCAGGCAGGGGAGUUCCUGCGCCUCUCGGAGCAGUUCAGCGACAUGGGCUUCCAGCAGGACCGGAUCAAGGAGGUGCUGCUGGUCCACGGCAACCGCCGUGAGCAAGCCUUGGAGGAGCUGGUAGCCUGCGCCCAGUGA